AUGACGGGGCCUCAGACUUUGUGGCCCUCCACGGCGACCCAGGCGCUGGUCGUUGCGUUGAGCAAGCAGCGCCACUUGCGCACGGGUCCUAACCAUUGUGCUCCAGUAAGAGGGUGAUUCUCCGUAUUGAAAGGUGUUAUCUGCCUUAGAAUCUUUGACAAAUGAGCAGCAGGAUUUUGAGCUCAAGGAGGGCAUGUCAUUUCCAUUAUGUCAUCAUAGGCUCCCAUCCCAUUUUUAUUAUGACAUCACAGGCUCCCAUCCCACUUUCAUUAUAUAAUGUCACUGAAAUGUCUAAUAGGGUUUAUUUUAGGGCUACAUGUGCAUUUUAGAGACAGUAUUAAUAUGCUCUAUACCUCCAAUUAGUAAUUUGACAAUAUAGGCGUUAGGCCUACUUGACAACCAACACCCUUAAAGAGACUUAUUCAUUCCAUCCUCUUUCUUUGAAAGCAAAUGAUUUCAAAGUCCUGACCUGAACUUUGACAACAUCACAUCAUUCACUUCACCCCAGUUUAUAAAUUGGCGUAUUCUUCCUGUAGGAGGCGCCUUCGAUGAAAACCAAGAAUAAAUUCGUGCUUUUAUGGGGAGUUUCACACUGUCCUGGGGUUUGCUGUCGCAGUUGGUGCUAUUUCAUUUCAUGUUGACAAGGACUUAUCCCCCAACAUGAAGCAUAUUUUCUUAUUCAUUUGCAUCCGUUUGUUCGCUGGUUGUGCCGCGGAUGUUAUAAGAACAAGAAAAGGUAGGACAGACGUUCUCUGCAAAUCUAAAGUUAAACCGUUAUCCGCAAUUGAUUAAAUGCGUCUAUGUAGUUAAAAGCAAACAGUUUUACUAUAGGAAUACACUACAACUACUCGCUACUUGCGAUUAAAUAUGGGUUUGUUAUUUUCACUUUUCUCAUCAUUGUUGCAACCAACUUUUUUCUAUAUUUGGCAAGAUUAUACAGUGCGUGUAUUUCUGGCCUGUCUAUAAGGUCAGUGUAGUAUUAAACAAUUUAGUAUUAAAUUGUGCUAAUUCCGGUUGAAAUUGAUUAAUUAUAUAACCAUAUAACAUAAUUUAUGACAAUACAUACUGAUUUAAUCCACGUGUGUUUUGCCAGAAGACAUUGCCAGUUAUUACUCUGACAGGUUUGUGAGCCAUGGAAGAUUAUUUUUUAUUACAUUAGUCUCAUUCGUUUUCUGUUUAUGAAAAUUCCUGCUUUGCUUCAUAUGGUAUUAAAGUGCUUCUGCUGCUAAAAUAGCUUUCCAUCUUACCUUCCAUCUUUACUUUCCCUUUUUUUGCACCCAGUGUCUGCAGUUUUCUGUUCUUUCAAAGACAAAACAUACAGUCCAGGAGACAGCUGGCAUCCUUAUCUGGAACCCUUUGGAUUCAUGUUUUGUAUGCGGUGUUCCUGCACUGAGGUACCGUACCCAUAGAAUUAGAAUAAGUCAUUGGUCAGUUUUGUCACAUCUGUAGCCUAAUAUGAAACCAUGUAAAAGUGUACCAAGAGGAGCCCAACACUGCCCUAUAGACUACUACUGUAUCAAACUGUCUGAAUCUGAGUGAUAUUGGAUUGUAGGCUACUGUGUGCAAAGAGGAUUUAGGCUACUAGCUAUAUAUCAUAUUAGCAGUUGCUUGAAAGGGUUUUGGUGGGUGGGAUUUUAAGGUAUGCCCGUAAACCAUGUAACGUUUCCCCCAUAGACAGGCCAUGUGAAAUGUAACACAAUUAAGUGUCCUACUCUGCGGUGUGAGAACCCAGUGACUGACUCUCAGCAGUGCUGCCCUCACUGUACAGGUAGGAUCAGGCAUUCUCAUACAAUAAGCACACAGGCAGUACAAUUAAAGUUAUUUAAUCAUUUCUAUGACACCAUUGGAAUACUAGUACCUGUGUGCUUUUAUGUCAUGUCUAGUCACAGGACUUGAUCUUCAAUUGUAUCCACCAUUUAUAUCCUUGAGGAAAAGAAGGCUAGAGGUCUGUAAAACAUAAGAAAAACCUCCUGCUUUGGCAUUCACUUACACAUCUUGUGCUUGCCAUUCAUUAUCUGCUCAGAUGAGCCUAGGAUUCCAGCAGGCUUGAGAGCCCCAGUGAAGUCCUGCCGGUAUAAUGGAACUUUCUACCAACCAGGGGAGACCUUUACCAACCAUGACCUCUUCCCAUCUCGACAAACCAACCAGUGUGUCAUGUGCACAUGUUCGGUAAUCACACUCUCUCUUCCUCUAGUUUAUAGUGUACAGCUUAUUACUCUGAGAACAUAACUGGGAGUUUUUCCUCAUGUGUCAGCCAUAAUAAUGGAGCUUUUAAUGUAUCUACCCCUGUGGCAGUGCCCGCCCCAAGCAUAAGCAACUAUUUUUUUUGUUUUUUUUGUAGGAACUCAGUUGGGUCUCAAUUUAUUGUUGAGAGUUAGAAUAGUAGAAUACACAAGGUGCAAUUUUGAAAUUUGGUUAUGCAUCAGCAGUUUUUCUCUUGUUAUUUCAGUCACAGACAGUCACUAAAUUAGCCCAUGUCAGCUAAAACUGUUUAGAUUGGUAAAUUAGUCUAGCCAACUAUCUAAACUUGUAGUAAUCAUGGUUGAAUUGUCGACCGGGCAAGAAAGGGCAUGUGCCCAAAUUUCUAUCCAUUGAUUUUGUUAGUCACACUCACUCAGAUAUCAUAUUAACAUGGCAUAAGUCAUGGCAAAGUGUGUAGAACUGCAAGAAAUUAGCUUUAAAACUGGCAUUGCACUAAAACUGCACAUUUCUAUCUACGCCCCAUGGCAAAAUGAGUAGAAUUGCAGGAAAUUAACUCGUACAUUUUCUUUUUAUCUCCACUGUCAAGAGGGGGGCCACUAAAAUGAAUUGCCUGCGAGUUGGGGGGCCCCCCAACAAAAUGUAGCUUAGGGCCGGCAAUGUCUACAAUCACUUAUGUUCUUCCUUCACCUUUGGCUUUCUUCCUCUCUUGUUUUUAGAAUGGAAAUAUCUUCUGUGCUCUGAAAACUUGCCAGCCGCUGACCUGCUCCUCACCAGUCUCAUUCCCAGAUACCUGCUGUCUGGUGUGCAAAGGUGAUCACAUUUGUUUCUUAACACAGCAGAUUUUCACCCUACCUUCUGUUGUAAUCAAAGUCAAUGUAUAUCCUCCUCAUUUCUCUUUGAUUAGAUGGUGGCAUUAAUGGAUACUCAUCAGUGGAGGAUGUAGGCCAACAGCUGAACCGAGGCGUUGUAUGUGUUUUUCUGUUCAUUCAUUCAUGUCUUUAGUCUUGUAGAUUAGCAAAACCAUAACAUCCAAAACACGCCACCUGUGCAGAGAAGACAACAAUUAAUAUUUAAUCUUCAUUUGUGGGGCAUGUAAAUCAACUUUACCUGGGGUGGGGUGGGGUGGGGAUCCAACUCAGUGGCAUUGGAACUGCACAUAAAUCCAAAAUAACUGUGUAUAUUUGUGUCUGUGAAUACACAAGAGGCAUUCAGUGGACCAGUGUGCUGGAGAGCUGCUCCGAGGGCGGUCUGUCGGUUCUACUCCAUCCACAGUCAGGGGUACUCCCAGAGGCCUGAGCCUGCCCAAACUCCACUUCAAAGGUGCUGCAGAGACCACAGUGAAUUUCCUGCUGCAGAAAAAGCACCAGAAGGGUGAGAGUUAAAUGAUAGCCCUACAAUAAUUAAUCAUAUUCAUUCAUGCUAUUCAUCCUAUUAUUAUUAUUAUUAUUAUUGUUAUUAUUGUUAUUAUUAUCCCAUUAAUUGUAGGUCUAUUUUCAUGUCCUACAGGUCACUUCCCUGGUCAUUGAGCAGCCCAUGUAUUAUAACUCUUACAGCUCUGUGAUUGUAAUAAUGUGUAAUACUAAAGUAUAUACACUACCGUUCAAAAGUUUGGGGUCACUUAGAAAUGUCCUUGUUUUCGAAAGAGAAGCAUUUUUUAUGUCCAUUAAAAUAACAUCAAAUUGAUCAGAAAUACAGUGUAGACAUUGUUAAUGUUGUAAAUGUCUAUUGUAGCUGGAAACGGCUGAUUUUUAAUGGAAUAUCUACAUAGGCGUACAGAGGCCCAUUAUCAGCAACCAUCAGUCCUGUGUUCCAAUGGCAUGUUGUGUUUGCUAAUCCAAGUUUAUCAUUUUGAAAGGCUAAUUGGUCAUUAGAAAACCCUUUAUGUUAGCACAGCUGAAAACUCUUGUGCUGAUUAAAGAAGCAAUAAAACUGGCCUUCUUGAGACUAGUUGAGUAUCUGGAGCAUCAGCAAUUGGGGGUUCGAUUACAGGCUCAAAAUGGCCAGAAACAAAUAACUUUCUUCUGAAACUCGUCAGUCUAUUCUUGUUCUGAGAAAUCAAGGCUAUUCCAUGCGAGAACUGGCAGCUUCAUUAAAUAGUACCCACAAAACACCAGUCUCAACGUCAACAGUGAAGAGGCGACUCCGGGAUGCUGACCUUCAAGGCAGAGUUGCAAAGAAAAAGCCAUAUCUCAGACUGGCCAAUAAAAAUAAAAGAUUAAGAUGGGCAAAAGAACACAGACACUGGACAGAGGAAGAUUGGAAAAAAGUGUUAUGGACAGACGAAUCGAAGUUUGAGGUGUUCGGAUCACAAAGAAGAACAUUUGUGAGACGCAGACCAAAUGAAAAGAUGCUGGAGGAGUGCUUGAUGCCAUCUGUCAAGCAUGGUGGAGGCAAUGUGAUGGUCUGGGGGUGCUUUGGUUGUGGUAAAGUGGGAGAUUUGUACAGGGUAAAAGGGAUCUUGAAGAAGUAAGGUUAUCACUCCAUUUUGCAACGCCAUGCCAUACCCUGUGGACGGCGCUUGAUUGGAGCCAAUUUCCUCCUACAACAGGACAAUGACCCAAAGCACAGCUCCAAACUAUGCAAUAACUAUUUAGGGAAGAAGCAGUCAGCUGGUAUUCUGUCUAUAAUGGAGUGGCCAGCACAGUCACCGUAUCUCAACCCUAUUGAGCUGUUGUGGGAGCAGCUUGACCGUAUGGUACGUAAGAAGUUCCAAUCAAGCCAAUCCAACUUGUGGGAGGUGCUUCAGGAAGCAUGGGGUGAAAUCUCUUCAGAUUACCUCAACAAAUUGACAACUAGAAUGCCAAAGGUCCGCAAGGCAGUAAUUGUUGCAAAUGGAGGAUUCUUUGACGAAAGCAAAGUUUGAAGGACACAAUCAUAUUAUUUCAAUUAAAAAUCAUUAUUUCUAACCUUGUCAAUGACUACAUUUCCUAUUCAUUUUGCUAUAUUUCCUAUUCAAACUCAUUUCAUGUAUGUUUUCAUGGAAAACAAGGACAUUUCUAAGUGACCCCAAACUUUUGAACGGUAGUGUAUGUUUUUCCUUUUUCUCUCAGCAUGUCAGUACAGCGGCAACACAUACUCUCAUGGUGAUGUGUGGCACCCAGUCCUGGGGAAGGUCCUGGAGUGCAUCCUAUGCACCUGUAAGGAUGGCAUGCAGGACUGCAAACGCCUCACAUGUCCUAGCCAGUAUCCAUGCCAACAUCCCGUUAAAACCGAGGGGAAGUGCUGCAAGAUUUGUCCAGGUACUGUAGCUCAGCAUUAUUCACAAUGCAAUUCAGAAAAGUAUUUUAACCAUAGGUUUUGACAAAACCAGUUUACAACAGUAUGUCUUUUUAACAAUAUAUAUAUUUGUAAUCUCUCUGUUUUUUGCCCCUAGAACUUAAUGCUGAGAGCAACAGGACUGACUGUUACAUGAACAUGAAUCUUGGACAUGACAAUAACAACCUCUUGGUGUACAAAGUUAAGCCAUCAUCAAAGGUUCACACAGAGGACACAGUUAGGAUAAUUGCUAUUGAAAGACAAGGGACUGCUGAAGUUGAAGUGCAAGUAUGGAAGACAGUAGGAGGUAACUAGGAGGGGGGAGUAUUAGAGGGCACUAGCAUGGCAGUGUUAAUAACAAAGUUACAGCUUUGGAUUACCUAACUAUUCAGAAUGUCACCCAAUAUUUAUUUUCACUUUUCCCAGGAGUUUUACAGUUAAUGGAAACUGGGGAUGUUCUGAAGAAAGACCUUAUAGAUAAUCCAGAUAACUACACUUUACUGGCAACAUUGGAUGAAGGUGAGUUUAUCCAUGUUUUUUGUAUGUUUUUUUUGUUUUUGUAUGCAUACCUUUAUUUUCCGGUAAUUAAAAGUAGUUCUCUAGUUAUAAAUCUUGUCAUCCUUUAGUUUCUUUUAAGUAGAGCUUUUCCAUUGUUUUGCCCAUCUGAAUUGUUGGACAAUACAGCUCAAACCAUUUAUAGACAUAAGGUCAUAGACCAGACAUAUUGUAGACCAAAGGAAAUGGAAUUUCAUUUCAACUGAUUAAAAAAUGGCUGCUUCCUCUUGUCAGUAACCAUCUUGUUUCCUGCUGGGGGAAAAAAAAGUUGUUAUGGAUUUGUACGCUUUUUGUCUACUGUUGGAUGGCAACAUGUAAAUUCUUUGUUCUUUUUACACAGAGACUUGGAAAAGAUUCAAGGAGGAAGAAGACAAUCAUAAGGAAUUUCCCAAUCCCAGGACCUGUGAGGAUGGGAUCCGGGAGGUAGUGAAGUUCUUGUACCCAGACCAGCUGGAAAGCCUGUGCUCAUCUUAA